UUGUGUAUACUUUACUGUUAGCAUGAUGUAUAUGACUCGUAAUUUGACAGUGUACAGUUAAUAUAAUUGCAAUACGUAAGUAUAAAAUAUAAGAUUCCACUUAGUUAAUUCUCAUCUGCAGUGAUUGAAUUAAUUCAUCUUUUGUAUGUUACUCAAACUAGAAUUCUGUUGAACUCAAAUUCUAGUGGUCAGUAUUCAACUAUUGUAUUAAUGGAAGGACACAUUAACCGUGCAUAAGGCAUCUAGAAGAUUGUCUAUGUUCUCCUACAUAACAAGAAUGAAUGGACAAGGUUUGGAAGAAAGCUCUGACAUCUAUAGAUCGUUUGGCUUUUUUGGUGGUUACAGACAUGCUCCCUUCACAAAGGAAUACAGCUCUAUCAAUUGAAGACAUCAUCAGACAAGUUUCGCCAAUAUAAAUAUCUACCGCAAGCGAAUGAUUGGUUUCCUCAAGUGCUGCGUUUAGAAUAUUACAACACAGAGAUGUAUGCAAAGAGUUGCAAUCGACUCCAACUGCCAGGAAGUUAUAUGGAAUAGAUCAUUGCCACUCUAGGAGUAAUUCUAGAGUACAGCUAAAGUAUGGUACCUCAAUAACACCCCAAUCAUCAUCAUCUCUUGGCACCAUUCGUCAAAUGAACAUCCGUGGGGUAUGAUGGAAAGAAGAGAGACCUCUUCACGUUAUCCUCUACCAACAUUAGCAACACUUCGCAUUGAGUUUGAUACGAGGUUUCUCAUCAGAAGCACGCUACGAUAACUGUACGAGAAUAUAUGUGGCACUAAGUUAGUUCAAGACAUUAUUAGCGGAUUCUAGCGAUUCAGUUAAUUUUUUUACCUAAAAAUUUUGUCAAUUUUUCCUCUUGCUUACUUCUAACUAUAUACAAAAUUCAUUCACAUAAUACCAUUUCCAAUGGGCGCCCUUUUUUGUCACAAAGAAUGCUCAAAAACCAAAAAACCAUGUCUACAAAAUUGAAAAAUGUUUAGUCGAUGAACAUGGUAUCGUGUAUGAUCUAAUCACAUUUGCUAAACGUUUUUCCAGGAAAGUCAUUUUCUGUUUUGGGGAACAUGAAGUUGUUAAUGUUUUGACAGUCUAUGCCAUUAAAUAGGAAGAUUAUGUAUAAGGAAAUGUUACAGUUUGGGCGACGGUAACUUUUAGUGAUAUCGCUACACUAUUGCUUCCUAAUGAUAAGUUUAAAUUGGCAUUAUAACAGGGCUGGAGUAUUUGCCGUCAUUCUGAUGAACGCUUUUAAUUGAAAAUAUCGAAGAAAACCGAUCCUAUGUAAAAAGGUAAUAUAGAAACGAUUUUGGGGCUAAUUAAAUUGUCCAUCAUUUUGCU